GCUAUAUAAGCUCUGAGGAUCCAGCUGUACUGAUCAUACCAACUCAGACUUCACCAGAAUGAUUGGCACUCUGCAUUUCUUAGCACUGCUAAGCUCCACUAUGGCCUUGGGGCGUGCAGGCCUGUGGAGUGAGGGCAGGAAUGAGACAGGAGGUGGAAGUGGGGACAGGUGCAGAUGUGAUGCCUUCUUGCCCAGCUCUACCUUUGCCAUUAAAGACCUGGUGGUGGUGGAGCAGACAGCUGGGGAGGUCUCACACAAACUGGAGCUGGAGAUGGGCAAGAUCGAAGAAUAUGAGACCAAGCUGACGUCUUAUGCAGAAAAGAUAAUGAAGUUAACAGCAGAAAUUGAAAAAAUGGAGAAGAACCCCGAUGACUACAAUGACGCCGACAUGGAGGACAUGACAGUGGAGAUUAAACAAGUGGAAGCUCUGAUCAAAGAGCUGCAGCUCUCCAUCAGCAGCUCCACGGCUGUCUUUGUGUCUCUGCAAGCACAGAUCACAGGUAUGGUGGAGACUCUGAAUAAGCUGGAGAAGACUUAUGACAAGAAUCUGGUUUUGGCAACCCGUCGGGAGUACAUCAAGGUGCAGGCACAACUGGAGGAGUGCGAGAGACGCCACCAGGAGCUUUUCAACCCUAACAUUGGGUCUUGUGCACAUACGGGUAUCAUCAGGGUCGGUGUUCCAAUUGUUAGCCAUUUGAAUGCCCAUCUAAGCACUAGCCACAAAUUCGGAGGCUGGGGUAAAGAUUCAAAGCCCAUUCCUGACAGAGAAUCUAUGUUCUGGUUUUCUAGCUACACUAGUCCCUACAUUGGUGACAUUAGGUUCUACACUAAUUACAAAAACCUAAUUUUGAGAAACCAUUUUCAGCAUCACAGCUUACAGAGCAGCUGGACCGGUACAGGGAACAAUUUCAUUGUCCGUGAUAACACUCUUUAUUACCAGUUAAACAGGCCGUUUGGAUUGGGGAAAUUCAAUUUCACAACUAUGAAAUAUGAGUCCAGGGUGAUUCCUGGCGCUAGCAGUGGAUUUUCCUACACCAACUCCCCCAGUCAGAAUUUUGACUUUGCAGCAGAUGAAACUGGCCUGUGGGUGACCUAUGCUUCACAAGAGUCCAGCGGACGCCUGAUCAUUGCUAAAAUAGACGAGCCUUCCUUUGGGGUUUCAGAGGGAUGGCUGACUAGUGUCUAUAAACCAGGAGUGAGCAAUGCCUUCAUGGUGUGUGGCGUUCUCUAUGUAGUUAGAACAGUAGACACCCACACUGAAGAAAUAUUUUACAAGUUUGACACUAAAACCAAACAAGAGAGCUACAUCAGUGUUCCUUUUGAGAGGUUCCAGGAUAAGUACUCCAACCUGGACUACAAUCCCACCGACCAGAAGCUCUACAUGUACAACGAUGGCUACUAUGUCAACUACCAUCUGUGGUUUAAUCACACAGCGGAAGCCACAGUGGAACCAUCACUUCUCCUGAGCUAAAUCAUUCACAAUGAUUUACUUGAAUUUAAGAAUCAUGAUUUUUUUCUUGCAAUUCCUGUAUUGCCUCAGUUCUCCUUCUUCUUGUGAGCCAAUAAAUGAUUUCAAGCAUCACAAAA